GCAUUUCAAGUUUUGGUCAAGACUCAGAUAUAUAGACAGCGAAUAAAUUAUAACCUCGCUAUGAACUUACCAUAAGUGAAACGAUUGUUAUAGUUGUUAUUUUUGAUUUGUUAUGGUUAAUAUGUCGAAUUAAAUAAAAAUGGAAACCGAAGAAAUUUGUCAGUACUUCAACCAGAUUAUUGAAAAUGAAAAAGACGUUUCAGCUGGUAUAGCUGCUAUUCGUACACUCUUAAAAGUUUUAGAAAAGUCUAAAUCUGGGACAAUGCAAGAAUUUGCAUCGGUAGAAUAUCGAAAGGCAGUUGAGGCAAUGAAAAUGACAGAUCAUCCUGUUACAGCUAUUGCUUCUGGAAGUGAAUUAUUCUUUAGAUUUAUUACUUUAAAGAAAAUAGAUGCUGCUCGAUCAGUUGAUGAGUGUAAACAAAUUAUGAUGACAAGAGGAAAAAUUUUUUAUGACACAUUAAUCAAAGCAAGGGAUAAGAUUGCCAAGCUUGCAUCUACUUUUAUUGCAGAUGGAUCAAAAAUUUUAACACAUUCACGAUCUAGAGUGGUUUUACAAACAAUGAAGCAAGCUGUUGCUAACAAAAAAAUAUUUGAAGUUUAUGUUACAGAUUCUUCUCCAGAUAAUAGUGGCCAGGAAAUGUGUCAAAAUCUAAGGGAUCUUGGCAUUUCUUGCACACUGAUAUUAGAUUCAACUGUGGGAUACAUAAUGGAACAAGUUGAUAUGGUAAUGAUUGGAGCUGAAGGAGUUGCAGAAAGUGGUGGAAUUAUUAAUAAAGUUGGAACCUAUACAAUGGCUAUUUGUGCAAAGGAAAUGAAAAAACCAGUGUAUGCAUUAACAGAAUCUUUCAAAUUUUCGCGAAUAUAUCCUCUCAACCAAGUUGAUCUUCCUGAUGAAUUUAAAUACACAUCUAGUACAUUGAAGAAAGAUCUCAAAAAGGAACAUCCUUUAGUUGAUUAUACACCACCACAUUACAUUACACUUCUCUUCACUGAUCUUGGAAUAUUAACACCAUCAGCUGUCAGCGACGAACUUAUAAAUAUCUAUCUUUAAUGUAAAAAGAAAGUGAGUGAAUGUUUUAUUUAUAGUACAAAACUACAACUAAAAGUGUUUGGAAACGUCAAAUUUAUUGUAACAUUUUUUACCUAUACAGAAGUUAUUAAUUUUGUAAAAAUCGUGCAUAAAAAUUUUCAAUGCAGCAGAAUUUUAAUAAGUGUACAAUACAAUAUUUGAAUAAUAAUGUACAUAUACGUAUAUUUUUAUAGACUUUCAAAUGA